GGAUCAGACCUACAGCUGACGGCUCGUAUAUUGCGCUGUUUGCUUCACCCUGGCCCAGCCCGGCUUCCGAUCUCCGAUGACCAGACAAAUUUAGACACGCUGAGUGCAGCAUGCGCUGUUUAGUUGCAAGAGUGAUGAAUACAUCAAUUCAUCAAUAUUAACAUGUUCAAUUAGCCUAGAGUCGCACUGCGUGAUUUGACACCGCUGGCCUCGUCUAGUAGGGGCCUCCAGUAUACGGAUGGCCGUAUAUGCUGCUGCUGCUGCUGCUCCGUCGCCACCACCGGCCGCCGCCUUCACCACCAUACUGUACAAUAUGGGCGAUGUUCGGAGCAUCGUGGUUCGCCACACCGGCCGUCUCCUACAAGCAGCAGCAAGCAGCAGUCGCCUCAACAGUUUCGUGAUGGAUGGAAUGAGGAGUACUGUAGCUUUCCCACUGUGGCUGACGAGGGACCCCUCAUCUUCUUCGGUCAGCCAACGACGUGGUGAUGCUGCAUUCAACCGUUGCACACGCACGGCACAGCGUUUCGCUUGAUCCUUUCUGGUGGCUUGAACGCCCGCAGACGUUCUCCGACUCAUGGUCUGCGAACGAGCAAGGGAAGAAAAAAAGAAAAUAAAGACACCACUACUACGGCAAGCCCCUCUUCAGCGCUGUGGCGCCUGCUCAGCCUGAUGGGUGCAUCUGCUGCACAGCGGCCUGCGUCCACCAAUGGCCCGCCCAUGGCCCGCCUGUGCAGCCACGUCUUGGGGCGGCUGGGGUGUUGAUCCAGUGGUCUAGAGGGGGCCACUCACUCGCCAUCAUGCAAGCCAUCUUUUUCCUUCACUGCUUUUGCCACAGCAUUGCGCUGAAUCCUUGCUGUGGCUGUUUAGCAAAAUUCAACUCCAUGGCCAAUUUUCCAGUUGGAAUCACCGCGGAAAAUCUGUCUUCAUUUCUUUCUGCAAGAUGGUGCGUGCUCAAGCUAUUCCCCCCUAACCCAUGAACUACAUACAGUAGAGCCUCCACAUGCCGCACAACCGUCGUCGGCUGCGGCGGUCGUGGCAUUGUUCCGUGGUACGCUUUUCUUGUUUGGUGGUAUUAGAAGAAUGGCCUCGUUGCAUUCUCAACAGGUUUCUAGUUUCCUUCCAUCUUCUACGGUAAUCUUAUUUUCUUCUUUUGCAAACAGGUCAAUGAAACCUGACCCGCCUACCAUGGUACUGUGCCCUUUCGCGUGGCUGACCGCCAGCUAGCCAGCAGCAGCAACAGCUAUAGCUGAGACCUGUCAGGCCAUUCGGUAGAAGAUAUGCGCAACGCGUACCAUGCAAAGUGGGCUUGCGCCAUGACAAGUAUUCCCUCUAGGAACAACCGGCGGCUGGUGGUGGUGCGUGGCUGCUCUUCCACAUUCUCGUGGAUUGGCUGCUAUUACUGCUACUGCAGAUGCUGCCGUUUCCAAUUGGCGUUCCCAGUAGAUGGAAGGGGUAGUAACCAAGGAAAAAAAAACGAACCCCUAAUGGACUGGCUGUAUUUGUGAGGGCGGCUUGGGUGCAUCUGGCGCAGCUCUUCAGUGCACCUAUACGGAGAGCCAGCACUAUGUUGGUGGUUGCAAGGGUCGGCUCCGAUGCACUGAUUGGCCCGUGUCGAUUCCGAUCUUUGCAUCCCAUCCCCCCUACUUGGUGCAGUACAGUAUGCCGGCGCGCAGGCUGUAUUACUAGCAUGAAUGCUGCUGCUGCCACCCAACCCACACCAGGUUUUUGCAACCUCCCUUGCCAUGCAGAUGCAGCCGCCUGCAUGGACGCUAGCAGGGGGCGUUGGUGUUCCCAAAGAUGUUGAUUUCUUUCCCUCGCAAGCCUCAACUCAACGGGGGAUAUGCGACGGUGGGCCAAUGAGUGGCUAUGGGGGCGCACCCAGCUCGUCGUCCCAUCUGCCGCCUCUCAUGUUGGCCGCAGCAUAAAUUUAGCAGCAGUCUGGCCAAAGGGGGAACUUUUCUCACGGAUGCAGAUAGCGAUUUCGUACUACGUGCCGCUGGGGUUUCAUCUUGUGUUUGCUCCUCGCCUAGUCUUUCCCUGAGAAGAGCAAUCAAGAGAAUGACAGGAAUGGCGGUGGUACUCUUGUGCUGGUGCACCAGAUUCCAGUGGGCAGCGCAAGGCUGUGCCAAAGCCCAGUAGUAGUGUCCGACAACGGCAUGCUGUGUGGUUUACUGUACGCUUCUGCCCUUGGCAGCCACAGGCAGGCCAAGGGCCAAAAGCCAGGAAUGGUUGGAGCUCGGAAAAAAGAGAUGCUUGGGAGCCAAUUGCGUGCUGAGAUGCUAGACGCCGCUAUACCUAACCCGCUACACGCACUGGUUGCCCAAUUUCCCUGCCGUCAACGCAAGCACAUCUAUCCACGAUGAGGCGUCGCAACGGUUUGCCACCCCACACACCUUCUCGCGAUGUCUUCCCCCCGCUAUAAGACGCAAUUGUCUGGCAAUAGCGCCAUCUGCAGCGCCGCACCGCUGUGUUCCCUGUGCAUGGACGCCCUCCCGUCUCUCUCUCUCUAAGCUUCAGCUUGCUCUGUGAUGAUACGCACGUUGUGGUCAGGAUGGAGCCAUCAGGGUCCUAUAUGCCGUCUCUGCAGACACCUUGGCACGGGUGAGAGUGACAUCCCCCAUGGCGUGCAUCAGCAUACAGCCAAUGCUACUACAAUAAUGAUUUUUUUGUUAUUGUCAGUGAUGUUUACACGACUUGCAUCAACCGUGCGGCAAAAUUGUUAUAUGCAAGCCCCAUGCCAUAGAGAACACGAGUGUUGUGACACUUGGACGCCGUCCCUACCGGCAUACAGUAUGAGCUUGGUCGGGCCCUUAGGAAUUAGUACCAUAUCUGUACCCCAGUAAGAGAUGCUAUAUUUAGAGCAUAUCGUAAGAUUGUUGACUGCCUUCAAAUAAUUCUCUGUAAUAAGUUCCUAAAAUAUGUUUGUAUGCAAAGAGCCGUUCAUAUUCAGCUCGCAAGCCGAGCUCAAUAUAUGGAACGGAAUCGCAGUUGUUACGCCAGCGAACAGCUACAGCGAAUAAAAAGGCUGUAGAUAAUCCACUCCCGUUAAAAUGUAAACGCAUACAAGUAAUGCACUCACUUUGGAAUUCUACAGCCAUUUUUGAGACCAAGCAUUGGCUGCGCCAUCUCUGAUCGCACACUCAGUAAUAAUCUCGCAAAGACAAUUUUGCAAAAAUGACUCACUUGACUAAUGAAAUUUAUUUGAGCGGCCUGUUAAAACCCAAGUUGAUUGGUUUAGUAAAGCGACCGCGGUAUUGUAUUCUUCUGGUGACACUGAGAUAAUGUUCCAUAUUAUCUCACCAGAAGCUACGCCGCUCGAAAAGUCUUAGAUCGGCACCUAUGUAUUAUUCAAAUAUAUCCACAACGUAUACCGAGUCAAUCAAAACGACUAAAAUAGAAUCAAACGGAUGUAGUUACACCGUCCAAAGAUCUUAUUUCCGUAAUACCACUGCUAUUCGUAUAAAAAUAUAAUCCUAGGCAUUCAUGUAUAAAAAGGGUCGGUGGGUGACUCCUCGGCUUUACUACCGUUAUCACCGUCUCUUAUACCUUUAUUUCAAUAAGAUCCAACUCAGAUAAUUGAUGCAUCUAUUCAGCGCUGUGAGCCUGUUGGCAUUAGCCUCCGCUGCUCCGUCAGCGAGGAAGAUGGCGCCACUGUUCCGGCCUGGCGGCGAUGUCAUCGAAGGCCAAUAUAUAGUGAUGCUCCACGAUGGAAGCGCUCUUUCUGGCGCAUCAAGUGCCCUUUCACUACUCAAGGAAGACCCGAUUCACAUAUAUGAGCAUAUCAUCCAAGGAUUUGCCGCCAAGUUCGAUAUGGAGACGUUGGAAGCGCUUCGACUUCAUCCUGACGUAGACUACGUUGAGAACGAUGGUUACGGGUAUGCUCCUGUGGAACCAUUCGAUUCUGAUGCUGUACAGUCACAAAACAGUACGGGUGCAUCUUAUGGAAACGAGAUCGACUCUCAGGAAGUUGUUACUCAAGAGGGUGCCACAUGGGGUAUUAGCCGUGUAUCAUCCAAGAGUCCCGGAGCAAAAGACUACAAAUACCAUUCCUCUGCUGGAGCAGGAACUUGCUCUUACAUCCUCGAUACAGGAAUCUACUUGGGACAUGACGAAUUUAAGGGCCGAGCCAAACUUGGCAAGAAGAUUGCCCCCGGCGCCGCUGGUGAUGCUCAUGGCCACGGCACCCACUGUGCUGGAACAGUUGGUGGAACGCUGUAUGGUAUCGCCAAAAAGACACAGCUUAUCGACGUUAAAGUACUCGACGAUAAGAGUGUGGGGCAGUGGUCUGAUAUCAUCGCCGGUGUAGACUUCGUUGGCGGUGAUAAUACUGACUGCCCGAAAGGCAAGUUUGUCAACAUGUCAAUUGGAGGUGGGCCAAACAAGGGUCUCAACGAUGCCAGUACCAAGCUGUCCAAAUCUGGUGUAUUUGUCGGCACUGCUGCUGGAAACGCCAACAAAGAUGGCAAGAGUAGCUCUCCAGGCUCUGCUAGCGAUGUGUGCAACGUUGGCGCCACUGACAAAAGCGACACCAAGGCCAGUUUCUCCAAUUUUGGAUCUACGCUAUCCGUCUGGGCUCCAGGUGUUGAGAUCCUCUCUGCAAAACCACAGGGUGGUAACCAACUAAUGCAAGGCACUUCAAUGGCUUGCCCUCACGUUGUCGGUUUGGCGGCAUACUUGGCUGCAAAAGACGGAGGAAAGGGACAAGACCUCUGCAAGAAGAUUGCUUCCAUGGCUCAUAAAGAUCUAGUGAAGAACCCCUCUGGUUCUCCAAAUCUACUCGCCUAUAACGGCUUAUAAAGAGUAGAGUUUGCAUAAUAGAAUACAUUUUUGACU